AUGAGGACACAACCGGCUGGCAGGGUGGUGCGCCAAAAGAAGCUCAACAGAUCCACCCAUCAACAAAUUUUACGAGAAGAUCAAAUAGAAUCCGCCGAAUAUGAUUCUUUACAAGGCCAAUACAAAGUCGAGACUGGUGUCGAAAAAGCUGAAGAAAAUGAGUACCAUCUUCAAGCUGCCCUGGCAGCCAGUCACUCUUCGGGUGAUAAGGAUGCCCCGCAAGAGAUUCCGGCGCCUCCUGCACAGGAGGGUACUGAUAUUGACUAUGAAUCCUUAUACUCGAGGAAAUUUGACAAACCUGCUACCUAUAUUCGCUUUUCGCAGACAGUGGAAGAAUGUACUGGCUGUCAAUAUAACAUGACCAUUGAGGAUGACAUUUUCCUAAAAGAUUAUAAUAAGAAAAAAACUCUUUCAAAUCAACAGCUGUCGGAAGAUGACUUUGAAAAGCUCAUGGAACUUUUCGAAGAAACUGCUGAUACUCACACCCCUUAUGCUGCUGUGGAUAAUACUCUGGUGACCUUUGAGACCAUGAAGGAAGCUAUCAAGGAACGAGGGGAGGAAAAGAUACCUGGUAAUAUGAAGGAUAUAUAUGAAUAUUGGAAGUCUCGACGGCAAGCAUGUGAGAACCGUGGUAUUCAGCCGAGUUUGAAGUUCGAGACGCACCAGGAUAUUGACGAAGGCGAUCCAUAUGUUUGCUUCCGCCGCCGUGAAGUCAGGGCUACCAGGAAAACCAGAGCACGAGACAUGCAAAUCACAGAUAAAGUUAGGAGAUUGAGAAAGGAGAUGGAAGAAGCAAGGCUCCUGAUAAAAAUGGCGACUGAACGAGAAACUAUUAAGAAACAACUCUUGGAAUGCGAACGUUCCGUCUUCAUGUCUCGUAGUGAAAUAAAGAACCUCAAGGUCAAGCUGGGUAUCAAGAGUGAUCCUGACGACGAACUUCUCAUCAACCAGAAGAAGAAGAGGACUUUGGACUUCCAAAAUGUGCAACGACCUCCACCUCCGCUUCGUAUACCACCUCGUCCUGAUGGCCGCGGAAUUGAAAUGGAUAUGAUAUUAUUGAGUGAUCAGCUGGCCCAAAAAGAGAAUAUGUUGCAAAGAGAAUUGGAGGAAAAAUCUGCACAGCAUGUCAAGUGGAACGAGAACUAUGUCGACUGCACAAGAGAGCCACUUUUACCAGUGGAAGGACAGAGUUCGAACACGGGUUUCCGUCCUGCGACAGCCCAAUACAGUCAGUAUUUGCUGACUCCGCCAUCAUCUGUGACUUCCGAAUCGUUUGAUCAAGCAUCUCCAGUGAGCCAAGAGAAACCGGACGCGGUAACUGUGCGGUAUAGCACACCGCCAGAAGAAGACGAUCGUCGUGCGCAGCCAGCAUAUCGAAGAAGAAUUGGCCGAGGCGGACGGCUAUGGAUAGACCGGAGAGGGAUGUCUACAGCGGCCAGUAAAGGCGCGGAAAAGAAAUCUGACCGUUGGAAGUAUGACCAAGAUGAUGAUGAUGACGAUGGACAGCCUGUAUAUGAGGUUGACCCAUAUGACACCAAUCCUCUACGUUUCAGAUCCACGAUACCUCUGUCUGGUCAUUUAUAUCCGGAUGCACAUCGGCAGAGAAUGUUCCAGCAUCAAACGCAAUCGAGCAGGGCUGUUACUGGAGGUAGUCCUGGGAACAACCGAGCAAUCGGGCCUCCAAACCAACAUAGUAAUUAG